CAUUUACCUCCCUCGCCUUCUCCCUUCCCCCAAUUUACUCUCCUGCCAUCAUUGAGAUUUUCAGAUUUGAGGCCUGUAGCUGCUGUGUUGUGAUGAUGUCUGCCGCGAGGAGAAUUCGGUCAUCGCGGAUUCCGAAUCUACCACUGUUGCUUUCCGUAUCAGAGAGGAGAAUAGAGACAGAUAUAUAUAUAUAUGUUUAGAGAGAGAGAGAGGGGGAGAGAGAGACGGAUAUACGUGCGUACAGAGGGAAAAGUAUUGCAAAAAAGCAGAAAAUACAGUGGCAAAGGCAAAGCUGAGGGAAAAGCAAUCCGGAGCAUAAAACCAAUCCGAAACAGUGAAGAGGCUCCACCAGGCACUCACUCCUCUUUCUCUCUCUCCCUCUCUCGAUUUUUCUUUGCCAACAACCCCUUUUCGGUUUUCAUGUCAUUGAUUUGAGCCAGAUCCAGUUUUUCGCAUUUGUGAAAUGGAUGUUUGUGUGGAAUGUGGGGUGAAUCGGAGCUGCAGUGCUUUGAUAUUUUAGACGAGUUCGAGCUAGAAGGUUCGAGGAAACGAUCAUGGAGUGCUGCGCGUGGUUCUGUUGUUCCGUUGUGGUUCGGAGGUUGAAGCUCGGAGUUUCGAUCUUCGGUUAAACCGAUUUCUUUUUCCCCUUUCUUCCUUCUUCGCUGUCUACUUGUGGUGAAUUGCUAAAUUGGGGAAGUAUGAAGGAUAAUCUGUGGGAUUGGAGGCAUGCUUGGUGGAUGGCAAGGAUUAUCUGAAAAUUAGGGUUUCGUUUUGGGAGGGUGUGAUUUUGGGGGGGACUGUGGCUGUCUACUCAAUCCUUUUUAUUCUUUUCCUUGUGCUUGGUGCAGAGUGUUGUUACCGUUCAAUUUCAGCAAUCUGUUGUCCGUGACACUUCACUGUUUCUUGCUUUCCGUGAGAGAUUAAAAAUACUGCCCAUCUGUUGCUCAGUCAGAAACAUUCCCAAAGGAAACUGUGUGUUUAUGCUUGAGGUUUGGAGUUUCAGUCUUUUGUUAAAAGAGAUGGAUUCCUGUUAGUUGCUGCACUUGUGGUUGAUCUUCUGUGGAUUGGAAAGAUUCGGGCUGGGCUUUAAGAGCCGUCGAGUUUCUUGGAUCGGUUUAGAUUUGUGAGUGAUGGCAAUGUCUUGCAAGGAUGCUAAUAGGGCUGCUGCGGCGGCGGCUGCCGCCGCCGCCGCCGCAGGGGGCAUGGACAAUGGGAAAUACGUCCGGUAUACGCCUGAGCAGGUGGAGGCUCUUGAAAGGUUGUAUCACGAGUGUCCUAAGCCCAGCUCCAUGCGCCGUCAGCAGCUCAUUCGAGAGUGCCCCAUUUUAUCUAACAUCGAGCCGAAGCAAAUCAAAGUCUGGUUCCAGAACAGGAGAUGCAGGGAGAAGCAAAGGAAAGAGGCCUCAAGGCUUCAGGGUGUGAACAGGAAGCUGACAGCCAUGAAUAAGCUCUUGAUGGAGGAGAAUGAUCGGCUGCAGAAACAAGUAUCACAACUGGUGUAUGAAAACAGCUACUUUCGCCAACAUACACCGAGUAACGCACUUGCUACAAAAGACACAAGCUGUGAAUCAGUGGUGACAAGCGGUCAACAUCACCGCUCGGGUUCUCAGCAUCCACCAAGGGAUGCAAGUCCUGCAGGGCUUUUGUCCAUUGCAGAAGAAACUUUAACAGAGUUUCUUUCGAAGGCCACUGGAACUGCUGUUGAGUGGGUCCAAAUGCCUGGAAUGAAGCCUGGUCCGGAUUCCAUUGGAAUCAUAGCUAUUUCUCAUGGUUGCACUGGCGUGGCAGCGAGAGCUUGUGGUCUGGUUGGUCUUGAGCCAACCAGGGUUGCAGAAAUCCUCAAGGAUCGGCCGUCAUGGUUUCGCGACUGCCGUACUGUGGAUGUUCUUAAUGUGCUGCCUACUGCCAAUGGUGGAACCAUUGAACUUUUAUAUAUGCAGUUAUAUGCGCCAACAACAUUGGCGCCGGGUCGUGACUUUUGGUUGCUACGCUAUACUUCAGUCAUGGAUGAUGGAAGCUUAGUGGUUUGUGAAAGGUCACUUAGCAAUACUCAAAAUGGCCCCAGCAUGCCACCUGUUCAGAACUUUGUGAGGGCAGAAGUAUUGCCUAGCGGUUACUUAAUACGACCUUGUGAGGGAGGAGGAUCGAUUAUCCACAUUGUAGACCACAUGAAUUUGGAGGCAUGGAGUGUUCCAGAGGUCCUUCGCCCACUUUAUGAAUCUUCGUCAGUGCUUGCGCAAAAGAUUACCAUGGCGGCUCUUCGUCAGCUUAGGCAAAUAGCUCAUGAUGUCUCACAGUCUAAUGUAAGCAAUUGGGGCAGAAGGCCAGCAGCUCUUCGAGCACUUAGCCAUCGUCUGAGCAGGGGAUUCAAUGAGGCUCUUAAUGGAUUUGGCGAUGAAGGGUGGUCGUUAAUAGGCAAUGACGGCAUGGAUGAUGUCACUGUGCUCGUAAAUUCCAAUCCAGAGAAAUUGAUGGGGUUGAAUAUCUCGUUUGCCAAUGGAUAUUCCUCAAUCUGCAAUGCUGUGCUGUGUGCCAAAGCAUCCAUGCUUUUACAGAAUGUGCCUCCAGCGAUACUUCUUCGCUUUCUGCGGGAGCACAGGUCGGAAUGGGCUGACAACAACAUCGAUGCUUACUCAGCCGCUGCUGUUAAAAUAGGUCCUUGUACUCUGUUAGGGACCCGAGUUGGUAAUUUCGGGGGUCAGGUUAUCCUUCCAUUGGCUCAGACUAUCGAGCACGAAGAGCUUCUUGAGGUGAUUAAGCUAGAAGGCGUCGGACCUUCUCCCGAAGAUGCAAUGAUGCCACGUGAUGUGUUCCUCUUGCAGCUAUGCAGCGGAAUAGAUGAAAAUGCAGUCGGCACAUGCGCCGAACUCGUAUUUGCUCCCAUUGAUGCAUCUUUUGCUGACGAUGCUCCUCUCCUGCCCUCGGGUUUCCGCAUCAUUCCUCUCGAUUCUGGCAAGGAAGCUUCCAGUCCGAAUCGCACCUUAGAUCUUGCAUCAGCUCUGGAAAGCGGGACAGCCGGAAACAAGCAAUCGAACGACAUCACUGCUUCCAACGGCUCUACAAGAUCUGUCAUGACAAUUGCUUUUCAGUUUGCAUUCGAAAGCCACAUGCAAGAUACCGUCGCAACAAUGGCUCGCCAAUAUGUGCGCAGUAUCAUAUCAUCAGUUCAAAGGGUCGCAUUAGCCCUCUCCCCGUCUCAUCUCGGCCCUCACGCCGGGUCUCCACUCAGAACUCCCGAAGCUCAUACCCUCGCCCGCUGGAUUUGCCAGAGCUAUCGGAACUACAUGGGAGUGGAGCUUCUUAAAUCGAGCGGGGAAGGUAGUGAAGCCAUCCUCAAAGCUCUCUGGCAUCACUCCGACGCCAUUAUGUGCUGUUCUGUUAAGGCUGUCCCGGUUUUCACAUUUGCAAACCAAGCUGGGCUCGACAUGCUCGAGACUACCUUGGUGGCACUUCAGGACAUAUCUCUGGAAAAGAUAUUCGACGAUCAUGGAAGGAAGAACCUGUGCUCCGAGUUUCCUCAGAUAAUGCACCAGGGUUUUGCAUCACUUCCAGGCGGCAUCUGCUUGUCGAGUAUGAGCAGGCCGGUGUCCUAUGAGAGAGCAGUGGCGUGGAAAGUUACCAACGACGACGACAAUGCCCAUUGCUUCUGCUUCAUGUUCGUCAACUGGUCUUUCGUUUGAUUUUAGGCUACUGCUGCCUUCGCUAUCUAUCUAUCUAUCUAUAUCUCUCUAUCUAUAUAUCUAUGUAUCUAUCUAUCUGUGGUACUUAGCAGCUUUUACUAUGGACGAUGGUAUUUUAGAGUGGGUUUAAUUUCAUUUUGUCGACUUUGAUGGUUAUGUAAUGCUCUACUAAGAAACAACUAGUACUUGUUGGCUUGGCUUGGCUUGUUGCUUUUGUCUUAAUUCCAUCCACGUGAAAACCA